CACUGUGCCAAGUCCUCUGUUGCAGUCUCCAAUAAUGGCGUUUUCUAAGCCACUUUUCUUUCUUUUUCUCGUUUCGCUCUCCGUUUUCCGGGAAAUCUCUUGUAACUCUUCUUCAUUCACCGGAAAUGAAGAAGCUUCGACUUCCUCAGAGAAAAAUGGCGGUAAUAGACAUGGAAAUCAUUUGCUCGACGAACUCAAAUCCACCGUCUCUGCUCUCCAAUCAAUCAUCAACGAAAAAAACCAAGAAUUGCUUAGCAAGGAAGAGAAAAUCCGAGGCCUAGAGUUAUUCAUCCGGGAGAAAUCCUACUUGUUUGAGAGUGAGAUAGAUUUUUCCCAAUCUGAGAUUCCGGUGAAGCACGCAAGUGAAGCAGAAGAAAAGGUUUAUGAGCUUGAGAAGCAGGUAUUUCGACUAAUACGGGAAGUGGAAAUCCAACGUAAGAGAAGGCUCGAACUGGAAACUUCAGCUGAAAUCGCUGAUAAGAAAGUUGCAGAGCUUAGCCCAAAGCUUGAAAAUAUCGAUGGAAAGUGGUUCUCGUCUAAGCUUGGUCUUAACCUGAAUAAAACUCAGGCAUAUCUAAUGACUAUAUGGCAUCAACAUCUGAGCCCAACUCUUCAUAUCACUCUUGAAAAGGUGUCCCGGAAAAUUGACCAAAUCCAGAAAUGGUCAGAGCCUCACAUUGAAACCCUGAAUUCAAAAUGGAUUCCAAGCAUCAAAGAUGCGUGUGUAACAUUAACCAUUUACCUCGAACCAAAAGUUCAAUAUUUAACAGAUAAGUCCAUGGAAGUGUUAUCUAUGUCUAAGCAGGCUUUUACACCACAUCUCAUCCAAGGAUUCCAUGUUUCAUGCUACUAUCUUGAGGUAAUCAGGACACAUUCGUACCCAUACACGAGCCGAGUUAUGACUAUAGCGAAACCACACUUGGAGAAAGUACAAAUCGCCUUAGAGCCAUAUACCGAAAACGUAAGACAUGGCCUUAAGAAGUUGGUUAACUCGACCAAAAACUACCAUCAGCAGGCUCAAGAAAUGCUGAAGAACAAUGAGGUUACAAAACCAGUUGCUACCAUGGAUUUAGCUUGGGUUGGGGCCACGGCUUUAAUUGGUUUCCCUCUCAUAUUCAUCAUCAAAUUGCUUUCUGCAGUCUCCAAAUCUAACAGUCCUAAGGGGAAGAAGAGAUACAGCCAUAAACAAGAACCAAUUAUCGGAUAUCGCAGAGCCAAACGCCGUCAUCCUCACCAAUGAAACAAUAUAACUAUAGCUUUAGGAGAUCUAAAAAAUUUUGUGACAACUUAUAUAUAUCAUUGGUUUUAGUUGCAACAAAGAUGGUUAUUCGAAUGGAGGAAGUCUCUUCAGGUGGUUUGUAAUGUAUAUACCUUUCUCAGACUUAUAACAGUUGUUAGU